CGCUUCUCGAUCUCCUAGCACCGCCGCUUCCCGCUUCCCCUGCCUCCUGGUGCCGCCGCUCCCCUCCACCCCGCUUCCCCUACCUCCAAGCGCCACUGCCCCAACCUCCGGCGUGCAACCAGGCUGCCUUCCGCCGCCGCCCCUUGCUCCGGCGUGCCUCCCAUCGCCCUAGCUCCGGCACGCCUCCCACCGCCGCACCCCCGGCCCCGGUGCGCUUCCCGCCAUCGCCUUCUCUCCAGCAGCCGCGGCCACCCGUGAGCAGCGACGGCACAACCAGCUACGGAUCCUGUGGGAUUCGCCCCCACUCCUGUCCAUAGUCGCGUGGCUCGCGGCAAAACAGGGCCGCCGAGGAGAACAUCUCCCGUCCGGCAAGGAGCACCUCAGGGGCGUCCGACGAGGAGCAUCUCAGGGACGAGGAACAUCUACCACCUCCUCCCUAGUGCAGAGCUUUCAGUCCAGGCCCCCGCGGCAAAAAAUGCAGUGUCCACUCCUAUGAAAAUGCUCCUCCAAUAUCUUCAGGCGGUGUGGGCAUCCGGUCGCGGAGAGAUGUGUGGAGCGCUGCAUUCCGCUCGUUGUUGACCUCGUGGCCUCAAACGGCCGAGAUUAUUGUCGUGUGUGGACUGCAGCGAUGACCGAAUCCGACCUUCACCAGCAUCACCAUUCUUCCUUCUCCUGUUCACCAACGUGCAUCGCCCGUCAUGGGUUAAGACACUGCUCGGACACUUCGAGGUGCCAUCGAUGGAUGUCUUGUCAAGAAGAUUCGCUCUCUUCGGCUUUAUUGCUGGGUGGAGCAUCGCAACCUCUGGUGAGACCGGACCUACCUUCCAGCUUGCACUGGCACUCGUCUCAUGCAUAUACUUUCUCAACGACAAGAUGAAAAAACCUUGGCAGGGCGUCUGCUACAGGGCUUGGACUCUUUGCGAGUGGCUGGAUAGUAGGUUCACUGGUAGUCCCAGUGAUCCCGGCAUUUAUUUUGCCGCGUACUUGGUGUCUGGAGCUCCUUACUUCGCUGGUCGCUUAUGUAUUUUUAUUCUUGGGUUGCAUCCACUUGUGACGUUCCACCCGCUAAUGUCAAAGACAAACAAUUUUGUAUAGGAGAUGUUAAUGUAAACAUUGAUACGAGUAAUUGAUAGCCUGGGUUGGUGUUUUUUUCAGUAAAAGAAAUGGGCUUGACUACUGAGAAAACAGUUUAGUUUCCAGCCUCGUCUUCAUGAAACAGUUUAGUUAGUCCACAGGGAUCAGACUAAAUUUUUGCCUUGUGAGGUUUCUGAAUGAACAGGUUUCACUAAAUAAAAUAGAAGAGUAAUUAUGGUUAUUUGUUCCAGACUGCAACCAAGCUAACUAGCUGCCCUUGUUUUUCAGUAUGGAUAGAUUGUUUCAAGAGGAAUUUACUGCACUUUUAUUAUGACCGGGUCUCAGAAGUAAGCUAAAACAAUUUGGUUUGCAGCAGGUUCAG